ACAAAGAUGAGCUACUCGACGUAUUGUUCCGCAGAUGUGGGAGGAAGGAGAGGAGGCGGCGACGCCUGGAAGCCAAGAGAGGCUGAAAAAUGAGGAUUACGGCGCUUUGAGGGACGUCCAUUAGCGUUCACGUCUUAUCGGCCCGAGCGUCGCAGCUGCCACGCACACGCCACCUUUCCACCUCUGCGGGGGUAGCCAUGGCGACCAGCGCCGUGCCAAGUGACAACCUGCCGACGUACAAGCUGGUGGUGGUGGGAGACGGCGGCGUCGGGAAGAGCGCGCUCACCAUCCAGUUUUUCCAGAAGAUCUUCGUACCGGACUACGACCCUACCAUAGAGGACUCGUACCUCAAACACACCGAGAUAGACGCGCAGUGGGCCAUACUGGACGUGCUGGACACAGCCGGCCAGGAGGAGUUCAGCGCCAUGAGGGAGCAGUACAUGAGGACGGGAGACGGCUUCCUCAUCGUCUUCUCUGUCACCGACAAGGCCAGCUUUGAACACGUUGACCGCUUCCAUCAGCUCAUACUGAGAGUCAAAGACAGGGAGGCCUUUCCUAUGGUCCUGGUGGCAAACAAAGUGGACCUGGUCCACUUGAGAAAGAUCACCACAGACCAGGGCCAAGAAAUGGCUGCGAAACAUAAUAUAACUUAUAUCGAAACCAGCGCCAAGGAUCCUCCGAUGAACGUGGACAAGGCCUUUCACGAGCUGGUCCGUGUUAUCAGGCAACAAGUCCCAGAGAAGAACCAGAAGAAGAAGAAGAAGAUGAAAUGGAGGGCAGAACGUUCCACAGGUUCUCACAGGCUCCGUUGUGUCAUAUUGUGACCUCCUUCCUCAUCACCACAUCACACGCACACACACACACACACACACACAUUAUGGGAUGUCAGGGAACUCGUCAGCAGUCCGUGACUACUGGAGCACAAGACGUUUUGUGGAUCAACAGGAGGAGUUUGUCCUCCAUUUUCCAAUGAAUAUUAUGAAUGUUGAUUUGAUGCAGACUCUGCGGAAAUGAAGACGACCAAUUUACGACUACAAAAAAGGGAAGGAUGUGCGCCCUCCCGCCACCAGGGGGAGCACCUGUGCUUUUUUUUAACGGCAGACGAAGGCCUGGUCACAUGACCAGAGGACCGCACAAAGACGUAAGAAGCUUUUGUUUUCUUAUCAGCUGUUUUUGUACGUCAUUCAUGCACGAUUCCAGUGAUCGUACUAAGUGGAGUAUUGGGGUCACAAGUCCUAAACACGUUUAUAUCAAAACUUGUAUUAUUCACCUAUAAUUACAAGUUUCAGUCGGGUUAAUAUUACAAAUAUUUUAAGUUAAAGUAGCAAUGAUUGUCACACACACACACUAGGUGUGGCAAAAUUAUUCUCUGCAUUUGACCCAUCACCCUUAAUCACCCCCUGGGAGGUGAGGGGAGCAGUGAGCAGCAGCGGUGGCCGCGCCCGGGAAUCACUUUUGGUGAUUUAACCCCCAAUUCCAACCCUUGAUGCUGAGUGUCAAGCAGGGAGGUAACGGAUCCCAUUUUUUAUGGUCUUUGGUAGAGAUGUCCGAUAAUAUCGGACUGCCGAUAUAAUCGGCCGAUAAAUGCUUUAAAAUGUAAUAUCGGAAAUUAUCAGUAUCGGUUUUUAAAAAGUAAAAUGUAUGACUUUUUAAAACGCCGCUGUGUACACGGACGUAGGGAGAAGUACAGAGCGCCAAUAAACCUUAAAGGCACUGCCUUUGCGUGCCGG